CAGCUGCAGCAGCAGCAGGCAGCAGCAGGCAGCGUCUUGCUUUGGUAAAAGCGGAGAUUGAGAUUCCCCUCAGCAGCAUCCAUUUAAGCAUCGGCGUUACACUGGUGAAAUCAGCCACAUCUUCCCCGGGACCGACCACUCCUCACUGGGAUGUCGUCGUCGAGCUAUGGCACGGAUUUAGUCGUGAGAACCGAUGAUAGAGGAGACUUUUCCGUUGGUUUCUUUUGACUGGAAGGGAGCGGAGCGACGAUGGAUGAAGGCAGGAGGAGACAAAUAAAAUUCUGAUAAUCGCUGAGGUUUUAGCUGGCUAGCACGCUAACGUUAGCCAAACCUCAGAUGGUCGUCGGUUGUUUUUUUCCUCUCCCCGUUUACUGACCGAUUGGGUGUUUUCCUCCGUGAAUAAACACUCCUUAUUUAUUUAUUUUUUUUUAUAUAUAUGGAUGUCGAGACAUGCUGGAGCCAAUGAGGACAUUUCUCUCAAGGAUAAAAGCACUGUAGCUGUCUACUAGCCUCCCAGCGUUAGAGCUAGUUAGCUGAAAUCCAUUUUUAUUUUUAUUUGUUUUAUUUCUCGUUGAUUCCAUCUACGUGAAGAACAAGAUGCGGCCAGAGGAAGAGUGUGUCUAACGGGGAGCCUGAACUCGCAUGUACACAGACUCCAUGAAGGUCAUGAUACCGAGAGAAUGAUCAUGCUGGAAAAACAGAGCUCGACGCAGGAGAUUGGCGAGGAGGCCGAGGACGACGCCAUCUUCACCAUCACGCUAAGGAAGGUGCAGCUUCACCAGUCGGCCAGUAAGGGGCAGCGAUGGCUUGGCGUGGAGACGGACUCGGCCCUGAGCCUUUACGAGACCUGCAAGGUGCGGACCAUUAAGGCCGGCACGCUGGAGAGGCUGGUGGAGUACAUGGUGUCGGCGUUCAGGGGCAAAGACUCCACCUACGUCACCAUCUUCCUCUGCACCUACCGCUCCUUCGCCAGCACUAAGCAGGUGCUGGAUCUCCUGCUCCACAGGUAUGCCAAGCUCCAAAACGUCCCCGCAGCCACAGCCCACAGAGUCUCCCAGGACGACAGCACAGAGCUGAGAAACACUGUUUCGUCCAUCCUGGGCGCGUGGCUGGACCAGUACUCGGAGGACUUCUGGACCCCACCGAACUACGACUGUCUGCACCAGCUCAUGUCCUACCUCCACCGCCACUUCCCCGGCUCUGACCUGGAGCGCCGCGCCCGCAACCUGCUGGCCCACUUUCACCGCCGACAGCAGUGUGAGCCUGAUCCUGAUGGUAUGAAGGCAGGACAGGAGAGGGACAACAGCAGGGCAGGGACUGCAGAAAAAGGGGGGGAACACAUCGGCUGCCCUUUUGCUACGCAGGAAGAGAGUGGCUUUGAGGACGAGCUUCCUGCUUUCAGUUUCCUGUCGUUUGACCCCAUCAUGGUGGCAGAGCAGUUCACGCUCAUGGACGCGGAUCUGUUUAAGAAGGUGGUGCCGUACCACUGCCUGGGGGGGAUCUGGUCUCAGCGGGACAAGAAGGGGAAGGAGCACCUGGCUCCAACCAUCAGAGCCACUGUGGCCCAGUUCAACUCCGUCACCAACUGUGUCAUCACCACCUGCCUGAGCAACCCCGCGCUGAAGCCCAACCAGAGAGCCAGGCUGCUGGAGAGGUGGAUAGACGUGGCUCGGGAGUGUCGGAUCCUGAAGAACUUCUCCUCGUUGCGAGCCAUCCUCUCCGCCCUGCAGUGCAACGCCAUCCAUCGCCUGAAGAGGACCUGGGAAGAAGUGUCAAGGGAGAGUUUCCGCACCUUCCGUGAGCUGUCCGAGAUCUUCUCAGACGACAACAACUACUCCCUCAGCCGAGAGCUGCUGGUGAAGGAGGGUACCUCCAAGUUCGCCACUUUGGAAAUCAACCCUAAACGAGCUCAGAGGAGACACCAGCAGCAGAGAGACCUGGGAGUGAUGCAGGGGACGAUUCCUUACCUGGGGACGUUCCUGACGGACCUGGUGAUGAUGGACACUGCCAUGAAGGAUUACACCGAGGGUGGUCUGAUCAACUUUGAGAAGAGAAGAAAGGAGUUUGAGGUGAUCGCUCAGAUCAAACUGCUCCAGUUGGCCUCCAACAACUACAGUUUUACUCAGGACAGCCACUUCAGGGAGUGGUUCGCAGGCGUGGAGAAACUCAGCGAGGCAGAGAGCUACAAUCUGUCCUGUGAGAUCGAGCCUCUGUCGGAGUCGGCCAGCAACACGCUCAGAGCCAAGAAGAACGGAGGAAUCAUGAAGCGCUGGAGCGACCGGCAGUUGACGGAGGCCGGCUGCAGCGGUGGCCCGGGCUCUCAUUCAAAGUCCUUUGACCACUCGCACUACAGACCGUAUCAAGGAGGCGGGGGGGACAGCGGCGACGCUCUCAGUGUCACCUCCGUCAGCUCUAGUGGUUCCGACCUGGAGGACGUGAACGCCAGCUUCCUGUCCGACUCUCCGGAGGGACACGAGAGAAAGGUGAGGAAGAAAGACGGGAUAGAGAAGUCACUGCAAACAUGUACAAAAACGUCGACUCCUUCGGUGAAACUAACCGUCUCUGCCUUGGGGAGAGAAGCUUCGGCAGCAGAUACAACCUCAACGUUCUGGGAGUGCACGUCUCUGUCGUCUCUGGACGCCUCUGGGACGGGCUCCAGCUCCGGUUCGGCCUCGGGCUCCAGCAGCGCCUCCUCCUCCUCCGUCUCCUCCUCCACGCCGCUGUCCGCCUCUCGCUCUCACAAACGCUCGGUGUCUGCGGUGUCCAACUACUCGACUCUGUCGCUGCCGCUGUACAACCAGCAGGUGGACGACUGCUGCAUCAUCAGGGUCAGCCUGGACGUGGAGAACGGCAACAUGUACAAGAGCAUCCUGGUGACGAGUCAAGACAAGACCCCCGUCGUCAUCAGGAAGGCGAUGAUCAAACACAACCUGGAGCGAGAGAAGACCGAGGAAUACGAGCUGAUGCAGAAAAUCUCUGAGGACAAAGAGCUUCGGAUCCCGGACAACGCUAACGUUUUCUACGCCAUGAACUCCACUGCCAACUACGACUUUGUGCUGAAGAAGCGUGGCUUGGCCCGGCCUAUGCGGGCCAAGAACGUGGCCAGCUCCACACUUCCUCGCAUGAAACAGAAGGGACUGAAAAUUGCUAAAGGGAUAUUCUGAGGAGAAACGCACCACUUCCUGCCUCCCCUCCGACCCCCUUAUCCCUCUCUGGUCUCCACUCCUCAGAAGAAACAUUUGUGUUCAGGUCUGUUGGAGGGGAAAACUAACCUCAAGUAUCGGACUUUUGGUUUGAACAAAGACUGAGACGCCAGAGGAGAUAAACGACCAAGUAACCUUUCUGUGGAUUAGCAGGAAGCAGAGGAGCACCUUAGCACUUAGGAACAGCUGUCGCAACGUCCGGACCCUCCGAGGACUUUAAAAGGCAAAGUGUGUCGCAGGACAACGCCCGGAUAGAAACUGUUUCCAUGAAGGACACAUUUGUGGGACCAGCUGUGUUGGUGGCCGAACCAGUCGAACUCUCCGCCAGCCUCCGCUCGCUCUGAAAUGUCACGAAACUUGUUGUGUCGGCUCGUGGAGACGCAGAUCCAUUUCAUUUCCUGGUCCAUUACUCUUUUUGUUUACAACUGUUUACAUCUUAACUCGAUCAGCUCUUAAAGAUUUUUUGUUCUUUGCACCAUCGAUAAAAACUGAUUUUUAAAAACGCCAGAUUUCCUUGGCAGCAUUCAUCCCUGUACUUCAGCCCCCUCCCCCCCCUCGGCAUGGAGUGUACAUACAAGAACAAUACGAAGCCGCAGAUGUGUGCAACGGCUGGGUGUCUCGAAUGUGUUUCGAUUUCUUCAGGGAAGAUUUGCCGCGAGUGUACCGCCGCCUUUACCUUCCGGCCCCCGGGGUUCGUGAUGUCAACAGUGUUUCUGGGACUACAGCACUGAACUGGGACUCGUUUCAGCAUUUUAACACCAGCGGCGUUGAUGCGGAGGGAUCUGAACACUUUAAGCUUCUGAACGCUGCCAUGUUAAAAAAACAAAAACAAAAGAAAAGGUCAAGUAGUCCGCAAAUGGAAACAUGGUGUCAAAAUCCAGUGGGCACAGCCAUGAAUCACAUGCUACUGUUUUCUUAUUUUAUGAACGAAUCGUAACCACUACACCGUGAAGGAUGCGGCAGUCCUUUUUGAAAGCACUUGACUGGGACACACAACGUACCUGAGGGAAGAACAAGAGAGCUGGAAACAAAAACAAAAACAAACGGAGUGUAAAUAUCAUUUAACACCAACUGUGCAGUAUAUUCUUUUGAAACGGACCAUGAGAUUUUGUUAAUAGAAUCGUCACGAUACAAACAUAUUACAUAUUACCAUUUUGCGUGUUAUUCUCAUCGCUUCACUGCUGUCUCUCUUUCCCUCCGCCGGCCGCCAUGUUGGAAAGACGACAGAAACCCCUCGCCUGCUGAGUGAGGCCUUGCCAUUUUAAGAAAAUUCAGUUUAAUCUUCCGAUUGAGAUUGGAAGCCCAUUUCUACCAGGAGAAGAGAAGAAAAAACAAACAAAUACAAAGUUAGAAAUUAAUAUUAUAUUUAUUAAUUAUUUAAAAUGUCUCUAUUCAUGUCAACUCAUUAUGAGAUGUAAAUGAAACAAUUUGACUUGGUACUUCUCGAUUCGUCAUUCGAUCAGUCUUUGUCAGUAAAGUGCCUGUUACAUUUUUCUUAAGCCCAAGUGUCUUAUUAACAUAUAAACAUAUGUCACAUAAAACACAAAACUUAU